AUGACGAGUCGCAUCAGAGCAACGCAGUACAGUGGACAUGGCAGCAAUAGGGAUGACAUGAGGAGGGAUGCAAAGAGCCUGCUGAAUCGACUCAAAUCAAUACAGGCAGACGCGGCAUUUGUAAGCGAGACAGCGAACCUCUUCCCACAGUUUCCGGUGCUUGCCAACGAGCGAUGUGGGACAUGGUAUGUCCAUCCGCUCAAGAUCCAAAAGCCUGGGGUAUAUUUCAAGUCGACGGAUGGACACACGGGUAGUUGGGACUUUAACCUUCGCCGAUAUAAUCCUCAUUUGAUCGCUACGAUCGUCAACAACGGAGGAUGCAUUAUUGUAGACUCGACCAGAAAGGGAAAGCGAGUGCCGGAUGCUCUUUCGAAAACAAUCCCCAUCUGGUGUGCCACCAUCAACAAUGCCGUACACAAACGCGCCCUCCAAACCUGCACAGCACUACGAGAGCAGGAGCAGGUAGCCCCAGGCAUGGCCCCCCCACAGCAAGUGGACGACCUGGAGCUUCCAGGAGAUGCCUCUGUAACUGCGGCUUCAUCGUUGCUUAUGCCCUCGUUAGAUGCUGAACGCUGGGACAUACGCUAUCAUUCAUUACCAAGUUUAAUCUCUCGGUCAGAGCAUGCCCAGAUUGCGGAGAAAAUUGACGGAUUCGCAGAGAAACUAAUGCGCUUCACUGACCUGACGCCUUUGACCACACGUCUGCUAAAGCCGAUCCGGCCGAUCUGGAUUACCCCACAGAGUUUUAUCUUUAAGAACGACCCUCCAGAUUACAGUCAGGUAGCCUUUUUUCCCGUAAUCUGCUUGAGCGCUUCCAGGGUUGUUCCGGACGGAAUGGAGGAGUGCGACGGAUAUCUUUACGUCCAGGGAUCAGGUGACGAUGAAGAGAUGUGGUCCAAGGGACUUACUCCAGAUUUAUUCUGGGAGAACGAAGAGUACUUGCUGGAGGAGGGCAUCACAUCUACAGAAUGCGAGAAACGUGUACAGGAGGUUGUCCGCGAGGCAAAGAAGAAGCAACUGGAGGGCUUAUAUCAUCAGGUAGAUGAGAUCGCACAGGAUGGUCGACAUCAGCUGAGCAAGGGACGACAGGACAGCAGUGACCGGAUUUUGUUCACGCCGUCUAUGGAGCUUUGUUCAGAGAUCAAGCCCAGUCCGAUCUGGAUCGGGAAUAAUUUCAGCGGGAAGAUACCUGAUUGCUGGCAGAGAGGGUUUGACAUGGUGAUCAACUGUGCUGCAGAGAUCAGGCGCAACCUGGUGUUUGAGGGAGAAGAGACUUCGCAAAUUAUUUCGCAACUGGGCGGUAAUGGAGCAGGCGGAGCUCAGGCAUCGCUAUGUAUCAUUCAAGAGCAUCAGUUGGUGGCAAUGAGCACGCCAUCGACGGCAUCAGCGACUGUAUUGCCAGCUCCUAUUCAAGGAUCAAAACAGUUCCACUACCUGCAUCUACCAAUUGCGGAGGGAAAGAAGGGUCAACACCAGUUGUUGGAAAUGAUACCUAUUGCAAAGAAGGCCAUUGAGUCACUGUAUGCGUCAAGAAUAGUACGUGAAGGGCAGGAGGAACUGACGAAGCCUAAAAUCUUAAUCCAUUGUCAGCAAGGAAUGGAUCGAUCAGUCGGUAUUGCGCUGGCACUAUUGGUGUCAUGUUUUGACGAGGAAACCGGGAGGUACUGCGGAUCAAGCGACGGUCAACCACAACCAGCAACAAAGGAGACGAUCCAGAAGCGACUCUUUCAGAUCAUGUCGCAUCGUCUGGCUGCACGUCCAUCAAGAGCAACACUGAAGAUAGUCAACACGUAUUUUAUGAGCCCCUCUGAUCCGCCUCCAGCAAAAUUCAAUAGGAAAACAAUUUUUUAA